GAUGGUUCAGUGAGGCAAAACCGAAGCAAGAAACAACAUUUCCAGGUUGCAUUCGGCUGUUGGUAGAGAAGGAGUGUGUGUGUGUGUUUUAGAUUGAUUAUAUUUGGGUAGUGUUUUAGUUAAAUGGAACACAGUUCAGGAGGUCAAGACUCCAUUCCUGGCAUUGGGUCAUUUGAUAAAUCGAGGGUUUUGGAUGUAAGGCCUUUGAGGCGUCUUGUUCCUGUUUUCCCUUCAAUGCCCCAUUCUGCUGCUGCUCCUCCCUUUGUUUGCGUCUCACCGGCUGGUCCUUUCCCACCUGGGGUUUCCCCAUUUUUCCCUUUUUUCAUUUCAAACGAGAAUGCAGUUCCACCCUCAACAGCUGGAGUAACCCCCAACCGCUAUACUGGGGCUUCGAAUGGAGGAGAUACUACAAGUCGUGUCCAAAGUCCAGUGAACAGUGAUGACACAAGGACGGUCGGGAGGCCAAAGGGUAAAGUCCAGUCUCAGAAAAGGACACGGGGUGGCCAGGACAUUGAUGUCCAAAUUGAUGCAAUAGUUGAUAACAUUCUCGCCUCAUUUACCAAUACCUUGAGACAAAGUGAUGGCGACAAGGAAUUAGUUAGAUAUGCACUCUUGUCGUAUGAUCUGCUACGGAGAAGAAUUUCACAAAUUGAAGAGAUCAAGGAAGGAGUGUCGAGAAUAGGGCGCUCUGAUCUUAGGGCUGGAACUCUCUUCAUGAAUAAGGGAAUUAGGACAAAUGCUAAGAAGAGGAUUGGUGCAGUGCCCGGUGUUGAAGUUGGGGAUAUUUUCUUUUUCCGAAUGGAAUUGUGCUUGGUUGGAUUACACGCUCCAACUAUGGGUGGGAUUGAUUAUAUGGGAGUCAAGAACAGUUCAGAGGAAGAGCCAUUAGCAUUGAGCAUUGUUUCUUCUGGAGGUUAUGAGGAUCAUAUGCAGGAUGGGAAUGAGUUGAUAUAUAGUGGCCAAGGUGGCAAUGCCAACAAUGAUAACAGGAAAGACAAGGAAAUAAAGGAUCAGAAGCUUGAAAGGGGUAAUCUAGCUUUGGAGAAAAGUUUGCAUCGGGGUAAUGAUGUUAGAGUAAUUCGGGGUCUUAAGGAUGUUUCUAAUCCACUUGGGAAGGUAUAUGUCUAUGACGGUCUAUACAAAAUCAAUGAAUCAUGGGUAGAUAAAGGGAAGAGUGGUGCCAAUGUAUUCAAGUACAAAUUGGUAAGAUUACCGGGUCAGCCUGAAGCGUUUUCAGUUUGGAAAUCAAUUGAGGAAUGGAAAGAAACAAAUGCUACAAGGGUUGGUCUAAUAUUGCCAGAUCUUUCUUCAGGAGCAGAAACUUUUCCUGUUUCUCUUGUAAAUGACGUAGAUGGCGAGAAAGGCCCUGUUCACUUCACAUACAUUCCUAGUCUCAAGUAUCCAGAACCUGUUAAACUUGCAGAACCUACUGCUGGAUGCAAUUGUACCGGUGGAUGUCUCCCUGGUAAUUCCAACUGCCUUUGCAUUCAGAAAAAUGGUGGUUAUCUCCCAUAUACUUCAAAUGGGCUUCUUGUGAACCAAAAAUCCUUAUUGCAUGAAUGUGGUUCUUCCUGCAAAUGCUCUCCUAACUGUCGUAAUCGUGUGUCCCAAGGUGAUCUGAAAAUUCGUUUGGAAGUGUUUAUGAAUAAGGAUAAAGGUUGGGGUUUGAGGUCCUGGGAUCCCAUCCGCGCUGGUGCUUUCUUAUGUGAGUAUGCAGGGGAAGCUUUAAAUGUUUCUGGUAUUGAAAAGCUUGGGGAUGAUCAUGCUGAUGAUUACAGUUUUGAUGCUACUCGUACAUGUCAGCCACUGGCAGUUCUACCAGGUGAUUCUAACGAGGCUCCAAAUGUCCCUUUUCCUCUACAUAUAAGUGCAAAUACUGCUGGAAAUGUUGCUCGCUUUAUGAAUCACAGCUGUUCUCCAAAUGUGUUUUGGCAACCAGUUCUACGUGAAAAUAAAAAUGAAGCUGACUUACAUGUUGCGUUUUAUGCGGCGGCACACAUCCCUCCUAUGACAGAGUUGACUUAUGAUUACGGGCUGAACCCUCAUGGGAAAGCAUAUCAGAGGAAGAAAUUAUGCCUCUGUGGGUCAACGAAGUGUAGAAGCUUCUUUUACUAACGGCUUGUUAAUGGGUUUAUCUGAUGACGAAG